GCGAGGGGGGCGGCAGGCGGCGAGCACUGCACUCGCAGCAGGGACGUGGUUUGAAAUCCGAUCCUAGUUAAUGUUUUCCCUCCAGAGCCCGGUGCUCAAACUGUUAGUGGGAGUCUGUGAGCCAAGCUUUCACACAGCACCAAACGCCCCGCACUUCACAACAGACCCAGCGGCGCAGCGGAGCAGUUGUGCCCGGACAGCGCAGCGCAGAAGAGCGGAGCUUCUUCCGUAGGACCCCGAGACCCUCUUACGAGCCAAAACUACACUGGUGCUCCUUUAGAUGAUACAGUCCAGUGUGCUUUUGCUACACUUUUCAGCGGUUUAAGGACUGGACAGAGUCGGACAGCUCAAGGCUGUGUGUGAAUACGGCUUCGAAGUUCUUCUCAAACACUGCACUGAGUUCACGUCUGUUUAGAUUUUCUUCACGCCUGGGUUUGGAAACUUCAGUGUAUUUUGAUGAUUUGCCCCCCGAAUGUAAUUCACGAAACAUCUGGAAAGGACCCCGCAGACCAAGCUUUCUCAAAAAGCCAAUAAACCUAUUUUAUUUUGAUCUCGUAAAGGAUUACUGUCAAGAAGGAAUUUGGUGGGGGACGGGCAGCGACAGGACUGUGUUUGUGUGUGUGUGUGUGUGUGUGGCAGCGCUACAUUGACAGCAUGUGUGGAACGGUGGAGGAUGUCUGAGUCUGGUCUCCGUGGUGAGGACACUUGUCCCCGCGUCACUCAGCCCGGGAUGGUCCCGCUCUGUCUCCUUCUGUACCUCACGGCCCUCAUCUUCCCUCCGGUGUACAGUGCCCACCUGCUGUCCCCAGAGCCCACAGAUUGGGUGUCAAGUGAGGUGGAAGUGUUUCUGGAGGACUAUGUGGCUGGAGUCGGGGACACUGUGGAUCUGUCCUGCACACCGCGCGACUUCCUGGUCCCCAUCGUGUGGCAGAAAGACGGUGACGCCGUGUCUCCUAACAACCGUACGCGGGUGGGGCAAAAAGUGCUCCGUAUCAUCAACGUCUCCUAUGAAGACUCGGGGGUGUAUUCCUGUAGACACACCCACAGCAGCACGCUGCUAAGCAACUACACUAUCAGAGUCACCGACUCGCUGUCCUCUGGUGAUGAUGAGGACUAUGAUGAAGAUGAGGACGAUGCAGGUAAUGGAAAUGCUCCAUACUGGACCCGUCCUGACCGGAUGGAGAAGAAACUGUUGGCUGUUCCUGCUGCCAAUACAGUGAAGUUCCGCUGUCCUGCUGCCGGCAACCCCGCUCCCACCAUCCAUUGGCUGAAAAAUGGGAAGGAAUUCAAGGGAGAGCAGAGAAUGGGCGGGAUUAAAUUGAGGCAUCAGCAGUGGAGUUUGGUCAUGGAGAGUGCCGUUCCAUCUGACCGGGGAAACUACACAUGUGUGGUGCAAAACAAAUACGGGAUAAUCAAACACACUUACCAACUCGACGUGCUGGAACGCUCUCCUCACCGGCCCAUCCUACAGGUGGGACUCCCGGCCAAUCAGACGGUGGUGGUGGGCAGUGAUGUCGAGUUCCACUGUAAGGUGUAUAGUGAUGCUCAGCCACACAUCCAGUGGCUCAAACACAUCGAGGUGAAUGGAAGCCAGUAUGGGCCCAAUGGCGUCCCCUAUGUCCACAUUCUUAAGACUGCGGGAAUAAAUACUACGGAUAAAGAGCUGGAGAUUCUCUACCUGACCAAUGUGUCUUUUGAGGAUGCGGGGCAAUACACUUGUCUGGCAGGGAACUCGAUUGGCUAUAACCAUCACUCUGCCUGGCUUACAGUGUUACCAGCGGUAGAGAUGAAGAGAGAGGAUGACUAUGCGGACAUCCUCAUCUACGUGACAGGCUGCGUGCUCUUCAUCCUCACCAUGGUCAUCAUUAUCCUCUGCCAUAUGAGGAUGAACACGCAGAAGACUCUCCCCACACCGCCCGUUCAAAAACUGUCCAAAUUCCCCCUCAAGAGACAGCAGGUGUCCUUGGAAUCUAACUCUUCCAUGAAUUCAAACACCCCGUUGGUCCGGAUUGCCCGCCUGUCAUCCGGUGAUGGGCCCAUGCUGCCCAACGUUUCUGAACUUGAACUGCCCUCUGACCCCAAGUGGGAGUUUCCACGUACUAAACUAACGCUGGGAAAACCAUUGGGAGAGGGUUGCUUUGGGCAGGUAGUGAUGGCUGAAGCCAUUGGGAUUAACAAAGAGAAACCCAACAAACCUCUCACUGUUGCUGUCAAGAUGCUCAAAGAUGACGGUACAGAUAAGGACCUCUCGGACCUUGUGUCUGAAAUGGAAAUGAUGAAGAUGAUUGGAAAACACAAGAACAUCAUCAACUUGCUGGGAGCGUGCACACAAGAUGGUCCUCUGUAUGUGCUGGUGGAAUAUGCCUUUAAAGGAAAUCUUAGGGAAUACUUGCGGGCGAGAAGGCCUCCUGGGAUGGACUACUCGUUUGACACUUGUAAAAUCCCAAAUGAAACUCUGACAUUUAAAGAUCUGGUGUCCUGCGCCUAUCAAGUCGCCAGGGGUAUGGAGUACCUGGCCUCAAAGAAGUGUAUCCAUAGGGAUCUUGCGGCUCGGAAUGUUCUGGUAACCGAGGACAACGUGAUGAAGAUUGCAGACUUCGGCCUGGCUAGAGAUGUGCACAACAUUGACUACUACAAAAAGACCACCAACGGUCGUCUGCCCGUCAAAUGGAUGGCACCAGAAGCACUGUUCGACCGCGUCUACACGCACCAGAGCGAUGUGUGGUCUUACGGAGUGUUGUUGUGGGAGAUUUUCACACUGGGCGGCUCACCGUACCCAGGUAUCCCAGUGGAGGAGCUCUUUAAACUGCUGAAGGAGGGUCAUCGGAUGGACAAACCUGCAAACUGCACUCAUGAACUGUACAUGAUUAUGCGGGAGUGUUGGCACGCUGUUCCUUCACAGAGACCCACGUUCAGACAGCUGGUGGAGGAUCACGACAGGGUUCUUUCCAUGACCUCCACUGAUGAGUAUCUGGACCUGUCGGUGCCGUUCGAACAGUAUUCCCCUACCUGUCCAGACUCCAACAGCACCUGUUCCUCCGGCGACGACUCUGUGUUUGCUCACGACCCUUUACCUGACGAGCCCUGCCUCCCUAAACAUCACCUCCACAGCAAUGGGGUCAUACGAACAUAAGGACCCAGGACAGAAAUGGUGGUUUGUGGGGACCUUCCAGUUCGCUGCACUGGACCAGCAUGUGGCGGCAGUG